AUGGUGUACUGUGUUGGACGGGAAGUACGGGUGGCAGCACAUUCACAUUUGCAUGGAUUAGGUCUGCGGGAGGAUGGUACUGCCGAACAAGUUGCAAGUGGAUGGGUUGGUCAACAGCAAGCUCGAGAGGUACGUUUGACCAAGAGAAUUGGUAUACGAGUUUUAAUUACAUGUCUAAAGACGAAUGAAUAUUUGCAGACAUUACUAACUCUGCAGGCAUGUGGAGUGGUGGUUGAUCUAAUUCGAUCACGGAGAAUGGCAGGUCGUGGUCUGCUACUUGCAGGGGGGCCAGGAACUGGAAAAACAGCACUUGCACUUGCGGUUGCACAUGAACUUGGAGUUCGUGUGCCUUUUUGCCCAAUGGCUGCUAGUGAAGUCUACUCAGCAGAAAUCAAAAAAACUGAAGUGUUAAUGGAAAAUAUUCGCCGUGCAAUCGGUUUGCGUGUCAGGGAAACAAAAGAAGUUUAUGAAGGCGAAGUUGUAGAAAUGACUCCAGAAGAAGCAGAAAAUCCUCUUGGAGGAUAUGGCAAAACGAUUGCACAUGUAAUUAUUACACUUAAAACAUAUAAAGGCACAAAACAGUUGAAACUUGACCCAAGCAUUUAUGAAAGUAUCCAAAAAGAACGUGUUACAGUAGGGGACGUGAUUUAUAUUGAAGCGAAUACGGGUGCAGUUAAAAGAGUUGGGCGUUCAGACACAUAUGCAACGGAAUUUGAUCUUGAAGCAGAGGAAUAUGUACCAGUUCCGAAAGGAGAAGUGCAUAAAAAAAAGGAAAUUGUCCAGAAUGUGACUUUGCAUGAUCUAGAUAUAGCAAAUACACGACCUCAAGGUGGACAAGAUAUUAUGUCCAUGAUGGGACAGAUAAUGAAACAAAAGCGAACGGAGAUUACAGAUAAAUUGAGAAAGGAGAUAAACAAGGUAGUAAAUAAGUAUAUUGAUGAAGGAAUUGCAGAAUUAGUCCCCGGUGUGUUAUUUAUCGAUGAGGUCCAUAUGCUUGACAUUGAGUGUUUUACGUAUUUAAACCGUGCUUUGGAAUCCACCAUUGCGCCUAUUGUAAUUUUUGCAUCAAAUCGGGGAAUGUGUGUGAUCAGAGGAACCGAGGAUAUCGUCUCUCCUCAUGGGAUUCCCAUUGAUCUUUUAGAUAGACUUUUAAUUAUACGUACACUUCCUUAUACGUCUGAAGAAAUUAAAAUAAUUAUUCGUCUUCGUGCAAAAACAGAAGAACUUCAAAUCACAGAUGCCGCUUUAGACAUACUAACAAAACAAAGUACUGUAUCUAGUUUAAGAUAUGCAAUUCAGCUUCUAGCACCGUCAAGCAUUUUUGCAAAAGUUAACGGAAGACAAGAAAUUGAUGUACAAGAUGUCGAAGAAUCUAUUGCUCUCUUUUUGGAUGGCAAAGAAAGUGCAAAAGUGGCACAAAUUCAAAGUAAAAGUUUUAUAAAAUAA